AUGAUUCUCUACCCUACUAUUGGCUUCCCUGGCAUGUUCAAGUUUGCUCCAACUACCUUGUACGGUUCAUGUACUCUGUUCAAGAUUCAUUUGUUGAUUAAGGCUACCCCUGCUCAGGCUGACAAGGCCUCUGCUACAGCCAAGGAAGCACUCAAAGACUCCAUUGCUCAGGAUGACUGUACUGAUGAUGAAACGGACGCUGAAGGUGUUGCUAUAUCUAACUUGGGCUCCUUCUGUUGGAAAUUGGUUCUGGCGGACAUCAGACUGCUUGUCUUCGUCCAAACCGAUUGA